AUGCGUGUCACGCCAUGUCGCGGGCCCUCGUCGCAGCAGGCGCUAGCUGCCGCGGCGACGCUGGUAUCCUCGCAUGCCGGCAUUGUCGUUCGACUGACGGUGACGGUGCCCGCCGCGAUCUGCGCUGACACGUGGCAGAGGACUGUUAAAGAGCUGAUGCGCACCACUCAGAUAAAGGGGUUCAGGAAGGGAGACAGGGUGCCAGAGUGGCUGUUGGUGCGCGAGUACGGCGAGCGCCCCGUCAAGCUGCAGGCGCUCGACCUCCUCCUGCAGUCCACCCUCUCCGACGCCCUCGCCUCCGUGGCGGGCAGGGCGCUAAAGGACUCGGAGCACAUAACAUCCAACGUGGACGACCUCGUUGCCGCCUUCCAACCCGACAGCGCCCUCUCCUACGAGGUGACAGUGGACGUGGCACCGGCGGUGAAGUGGAAGGGCGAGCGGCCGUAUGCAGCGCUGCAGGUGGAGGUGGAGGUGGAGGACGACGGGGACGAGGCCGCCAGGGCGGCGGCGGACAGGCAGAUCCGCACGCAGCUCAAGAGCAUGGGCCGGCUUAACAUCUCGCAGGACUCUGGGCUCAAGAUGGGCGAUGUGACAAUAGUGGACAUCGAGGCGCAUCGCAUCACGGCAGACGGGCAGAAGGGCGACCCCAUCCUCUCCGCCACUCAGAAAGGCUUCCAGCUGGACACGGAGGAGGGCGAGUACCUGCUGCCAGGCAUGGUGGACGCACUCAUGGGCAUGCAGCGCGGCCAGACGAGGGAGUUUGAGCUCACGUUCCCGCCCACCUGGCAGACCGAAUCCCUCCGCAACCUCCCCGCCACCUUCACUGUGAAGUGCCAGGAGCUGUUUGUGAGGGAACUACCUGAGCUGACGGACGAACUUGCUGAGAAGUUCCUCCCAGGAGUGGCCACCAUCGACGAGGUGCGCAGCAAGGUGGCGGGGGCGUGGCAGGUGGAGCAGCAGCAGAGGCGCAAGCAGGCCACCCUCAACGCCAUUGUCAACGCGCUGGGGGAGGUGUGUGAGAUGGCGGUGCCCAACUCGCUGCUGGAGGAGCAGGGCCGGCAGAUGUACGGCGCCAAGCUCAUCGAGCUGCAGACGGAGGGCAAGGUUGGGAAGGAGCAGGUGGCAGCACUGAUGGCGGAGGGCAUGGUGGAGAACUACCUGCGCACACAGAAGGACAAGAUCGAGCGCCAAGUCAAACAAUCACUCGCCGUGCAGGAGGUGUACCGCCUCGAGGGGCUGCAGUUCAGUGACGAGGACCUGGAGGCGGAGGUGGCGAGCGCAGAGGCGGAGUUCAAGCGCUUCAACCAGGAGUUUGACGCCAAGCGCGUGCGCGAGCAGGCGGCAGAGGUAUUGGAAGGCAAGACGGUGCUGGACUGGCUGGCAUCACAUGCCACCGUCACAUACGUCCCCCCCUCAACAUCAUGA